UCCUCUCGUUUGUUUUGCACUGAUCUCACUAGAUUCUCAGGUAGAAAGACCCCAAUAGAGAGAAAGAAGAAUGGAUAAAAAGGUUGUUGAAGAAGAGUUGAAAAAAGGGUGGGAAGCAUCAAGUCAGCUACGAAAUUUACUUCUUCUACCUGCAGAUCAGAAAAGUCAAUACAGUAAUAAUGAAAGGAUGAGAGAACUUAUGAAAAAUUAUUCCAACACCAUUCUCAAUUCAUUUGACAACUCAAUAUCCAUCUUAAAAAAGUUUGCUAAAUCCAUGGAAAUGGAAGCUUCAAUUGGUCAAAAAACAAACAGAUGUCCACCCAAUAGCAGGCUGCGAACCAUUACUUCCCGUACUCUUACAACUGAUGGCCACACUUGGAGAAAAUAUGGGCAGAAGUCGAUCAUCAACUCAAAGCACCCGAGGGAAUACUACAGGUGUGCAUACAAAGAAGAUCAAAAUUGCGAAGCAACCAAACAUGUCCAAAGAAUAUCAAAUAAUCCCACAAACUAUAGAAUUACUUAUCAUGCUCACCAUACCUGCCAACAUGUCCUCAACUAUAACAAUGCCUCUGAUAUUAAUGUGUUAGAUUCAUUUGAAGAAGAAUUCACCAAUUUCAUAAGUUUUGAGUCAAGAAAACAAAUCCACCAUCCCAAACAAGACCUUAAGCCUACUGCCCUAUGUUCAUCCUCUAUUUCUGAUAAUAACCCUAACCUUAAUCCUCCAUUACUAAUGCCACAUGAAGGUGAUUAUCCUUCGUCUAUGACCGGCUAUCGCGCGAUUUCAAGAUCACCGGAUCAGAUAAUAAAGAUGGAGUCGUCAAUAACAGAUGACAUAGCAUAUUUCAACUAUCCAGACGCUUUGUUCUCGCCAAGCAUAUUCAUGACCCCAGAUUACAUGGCCAGCUCAAAUGUGGAGGUAGCAGAGGACUACAAUUUGAUAACAGGCGAUUCUUCUGAUAAGGGUGAUGCAUUACAAGACCUCCGACUUUGGGAUUGAAUUAGUGCGUGAUCGAAGCUAUGAGGCUCUCUAAUGAAUUUUAUUUGCUGCAAUUACUUUUGAGAUAGGCAAAAUAAGAGAAAUAUUAGCUGCGUAGAGUUUGGUGUUUUUUUUUUUUUUCCUCCUAUUAGUUUCCAAGGGUUCUUUCCACGUUAAGUUUGUGGGAGAAAUUCACAAGGGAGAUCUCAAUUAUUAUCCAUUUUUUGUAACUCUUAACUAUGAAUUAUUUUAUGCAGGUCCCAAAUUUACUAUUUUGUAAUUUUUAUAGGUCCUGAGUUACUUAUAACCGGUUUAGAAGGUAAGAUUUUUAAAUAUUUACCAUCUUCGAAUAUUUUCAACAAGUCACAAGACUUAUAAAAUAGGGUCAAUGAUUAAUAAUCUUACCUUUUAAACCGUUUAUAAGUGAUUCAGGACUUAUAAAAAUCACAAGAUAGUAAACUUGGGGACCUGCAAAGAAUAAUCCAUAGUUGAGACUUAUAAAAGAAAAUGGGUAAUAAAUGGGCCCACUCUUGUGAAUUUCUCCUAAGUUUGUAUUUAUCAUUAUCUAUCUCUUAUUUCCACUCUUUAUAUCUGUUUGUAAUAAAAUGUUCAGAUUAAUGUGUUAAA